GUGCUAAAGUGAACGCUGCCAGGCUGCACGAGACGCCGCUGCACCACGCUGCUAAAAACAUGCGGGUUGAGAUGAUCGAGAUCCUGGUGGAGUUUGGGGCCAACAUCUACGCCAGAGAUCAGCAUGACAGGAAACCUGUGGACUACACCACACCAGGCUCUUCCUCUGCAGCAUGCCUGCAAUUUUAUGAGACCACUCCCAUGAGUCUGCAGCAGCUCAGCAGGUUGGCUGUGAGGAGCAAGCUGGGCACCAGGGCUCUGAAGGUCAUAGGUCAACUGGACGUGCCCAAACUCAUCAUCAACUACCUCUGCUAUCAGUGAGCGUCACCUGGAGGAGAAGCUGGAUCAGCGCUAAAAAAAAAGGACUCACAAAGCUGCCGCACAAUUCUCAGACAAACGCAGUCAAGGUGAAAUAGCUAUGUCAACAGCUGACACACGGUUUAGUGCCAAGCACAACGUUCUCACAUGCUUUUUUUAAAAACUGCACUUUCUUCUCAACACUUGAGAGUCCAGAGUCACAGAGAGGAAGCUGAGGUUUAGAGCAGAGCUUCAUCUCCUCUGUUGGCGUUGCUGUUUAUAUGCUGUAUUUGCCCAAAUGAAAUUAUGUGCACACUAACAAUUUGACUUUAAUUAGAUUUAAGGAUUACUAUCAUGCAAACGCUGUAGCACUUAUUGUAGUCUGUAAUUUCAAAGUACCACAGCUGGAAUGCUUGUAAAUCUGUGGAAUAGUGGUGCUGUAAAAUUUCCACUUCCUCACGGAGUAUUUUAGCAACAGUUCACCACUUAAAAAAAA